UUUCUUGCGUAACGAAUCCGGAAUUUUGGGAUAGCCGGCUCUGAAGUAGCCUCCCUUCCCAUGCUUCUACAUCUAAAUAAUAAUGAUAAUAAUAACACCACUAAAAUACACCAGCUGCGAGGCGCCAUGCUUCACGGCGGUGGGGACGCGGCGGCGGCGACUGCGCAGCGGGUCGUCUGCUGGUCGAGCGGCGACUCGGAGGACGUGCAGGCCCAGUCGGGCACGUAUCUCGGCCUGGUGCUCGCAUUCGCCAACGUCUUCUUCAACGCGUCCAGCUUCGUCAUCAAGAAGCACGCCCUGCGGAGACUCGUCGAAGGUACAAAGCAGGUACAAUUUCUAUGCACAACUGGCUCAGAGCGGAGCGAGACAAGCUCAACGCUCUCGUCCGCAAAGUGGUCAAGAGGGCUCUGGGGCUACCCAUCAGGACCCAUACCGAGGAUCUCCUCAAGCUGGGGGUGCAUAACACUGCCGAGGAGAUUGCCGAGGCCCAAGAACGUGCGCAACUCACUCGCCUGAGCACCACAGCGGCAGGCGAUGAACGUGGCGUCAUCAAUCCUCAUGGCGGCCUCCAGCUGCGGUUCCUGUUCGAUCCGGUGUGGCUGGUGGGAGCAAUGCUCGGCAGCUCCGCGGACGUGGCGCAGGGCUUGGCACUGCAGUUCACCUCGUCGACGCUAGUCGUGGCCAUUGGCAUGGGAAACGGGCUCGUCACGGCUGUCCUGACAGCUACACUCCUCCGCGAACCAACAUCACUGCUGGUGGUGAGUUCCUGCAUUUUGACGAUUGUGGGCACAGUGCUCAUGGUGCUUGGCGUGCCUGCUGAGAUGGAGCCCAUGACAGCCAUGGAACUCGAGCUGUACCUCGCGCAGACCGGCUUCUUGGUGUACGUGUUGCUGAUGGCCGGGCUGCUGGCGUUGUGCGCGGGCCUGUUGUUGCACGCCCGCGGGGACCAGUGCAUCCUGGUGAACAUCUGCAUCAGCGCGCUCGCCUCAGUGCCCUACACGAUCGCCGUCAAGGCCAUCGUGAUGACCGUUUCCGAGCUAGGAGAGCUCGUGUCUGUGCGCACUGCCGCCUGGUUCGUGGUGGUCGUCGUCUCCUUCUUCGCGCACGUCAUCUUCCUCAAUAAGGGACUGGUGCAGUUCGAUCCGGUGCGCAUCUCGCAGCUGUCCUCAUGCUUCCUGCACCUGAGCUUCACCGCCACCAUGAUGUUGCUUUCCCAGUCCUGGCAGGAGGCGACGCCCUAUCACGUCUUCUUGCUGAUGCUGGGCGUGGCGGACGUGUCCUUCGCGCUGUUCGCCUUCGUGCUUUUCCAGGAGGACCACCAGCGUUCGGACACUGCGGUGCAAAUCGCGCUGCGACUGCUCAUCGCCGGCAUCGGCAGUCGAGCCAAGGGUCGAGCUCAGCCGAUGCCGCCGUACCCUGUGGUGCCGCGGCCACGCCGCAUUCUGGCCAGCAGGCGGCGACAUCGGAGCAGAUGACAGCUCGGUGUCUUGGCUCUGAUCGGUGUCCUUGCAGAAUUAACACUUCCAGGGACGUAAAAAUCCUCCAGUCAGGUUUGAACGAAAAAAUUCACGUGAUGUGAUACCUGGACUAUAACGACUAUAAAUAUUACCAAAUGUAAUUACACUCGUUUUCUCAAGGACGAAGUUAAAUACUCCUAUACUUCCUUUUGUAUUAACAUUACACUUCCGUGAGUGACAAAGUACCUUGGCGCGCAUAUUUCACAAGCACUCAUUCUUGGAACGAGCAUAUACCACAAAACAACCAAUAAAAUUCUCAUG